AUGCCGAGAGCUCUGAUACUGGUUGCAGAUGGAUCCGAGGAGAUUGAAUUCGUCACGCCUUACGACGUCUUGACCCGCGCUGGCUUCGAAGUAAAAUCAGCUGGUGUAUCCCUCAAGAACAAGACUUAUGCACACCUAUCACGCAACAUCCGCAUCGUGCCCGAUUACCAAGAACUCUCAUCCGUUCCGGGAUAUGUGAGUGAGCAUUACGACGUGUUGAUAUUGCCCGGUGGCGCACCAGGAGCAAAGACCUUUUGCGGAGACAAUACUGUCUUGGAUCUUAUCAACGAUUUUCGAAAGAAGGCGAACUGGGUUGCAGCAAUUUGCGCCGCAACGACUGCGCUUGUUGCCGCGCAUAAGAGGGAUGAUGGUACAGGGGAGGUCAAGACGACGGUUACUAGUCAUCCGAGCGUGAAGGACGAGGUGGUGCAGGCUGGGUGGCAGUAUUCUGAGGAUAGAGUCGUGGUUGAUCAACGUGUCAUUACGAGUCGGGGACCAGGGACUGCAAUACUUUUCGCGCUUACCAUUGUGGAGGAGCUCUGUGGGAAGGAGAAGAGGGAUGAGGUUGCUGGGCCGAUGAUUGUUGCUAAGACGCUUUGA